AUGACCAAAAUGGAGUGCACCAUUGUCGAUAAAACUCUGCUGCGGCUCAACGUUUGCCGUCUGAAGGCAGUGAAGCGCGACAUCACAGAGGCGACAGUGCGCUUACACCUAUUGAGACAAGUUAACAAUUGUGUGUUACACGCCGAACUCUUGCGGAAGUACAACUCCUACCAACCAUUCUUCAUCAACAAAACAUAUGACGCUUGUGAGUUUAUGAAAUCGCGUAAAAAUGCUGUUUAUUUCGAUAUUUUAUUCAAAUUAAUUGAGAAAUAUACGAAUGCGAAUCACACGUGUCCUUAUGAUGUGAGUCAAGGAAAUCACUCAAAUUGA